AUGGAACAAAAUAGAGAUAAUGUGCCUACCCAACAAACAACUUCUGACAAAAAUUUACGGCGACGUACUGCAUAUGCACAAAUGUCACAGGAGAGAAAGCAGUCAUUUCUAUCCCAUCUAAGAGCAAAAAGGGCUGAAUUAAAAAAAAAUAAAAAUUCCCAGCAAUCAAAUUCUAUUGUUGCUCUUACAAUUACCCCGUCUUCGUUAGCUCCUCAACAAGGAAUAGCAGAAAAUAGAGAUAAUGUGCCUACCCCAGAAAAAACUUCUGCUAGAAAUUUGUCCCGACGUACUAGAUAUGCGCAAAUGUCACCAAAGAGAAAAGAAUUACUUCUAUCCCAGCUAAGAGAUAAAAGGGAUGAAUCAAAAAGACAAAACCUCCUUCAUCAAUCAAAUACAACUGCUACUCUUACAGGUACCACUUCUUCAGUCUCUCUUCAGCAAUGUACUUCAACUACAGCACAACAUACGGUCAAUUGCUCAUCUACCUUCGAGCUAGGAUCAACAUCAGCUACAUGUCAUGCUGUAGGCAAAUUACCUUUAGCACAUAUUGCAAAUAAAGCAAAAAGGUUUCAAUAUGAAUCACCUGGUUUCUGUUGUGAUAAUGGAUCAAUUAGACUAACUUCUCAUACGAUGCCUACUGACUUGCAUAAUUUGUUCUUGGGUGACUCUAAAGAAUCUCAACAUUUCCGCACUUAUAGUAGAGCAUACAAUAAUAUGUUUGCCUUCACUUCACUUGGAGUACAUUAUGAUAGAGAAUUAGCAAAGAGAAAUCGUGGCAUCUAUACAUUUAAGGUCCAAGGACAAAUGUAUCACUUCAUUGAUGAUUUGAUACCCUCAACAGGAAAACCCAAAAAUCUACAACUGUAUUUCUAUGAUAAUGAAAAUGAGCUAACAAAUCGAAUGACAUUAGAAGAUAAUCUUAAUGAGCUCAUUGUUACAAAACUCAUGGAUAUACUCAAACUUAAUCCUUAUUCUACUUUUCUUACAUCGUUAACAGUUGUUCCUAAUUUAUCUGAAUUUUACAUUGCUCUAAAUUCAAGUUCCAAUUUAGACCAAAGAACAUAUAACUUACCAACUACAUCUGAAGUAGGAGCAAUUUGGAUUGAAGAUCAAUUAAAUGAUAAAAUUCCUACACCACAUAUUCGAAUUUACACUCAUAGUAACAAAACCCAGUUGGUCAAUUACUAUUAUGGAUGUUAUGACCCAUUACAAUAUCCACUAUUGUUUCCUUAUGGUCAAAAUGGCUGGCAUUGUGGUAUUAAAAAAUUCAACAACACAUAUAGUUAUUCCACAAAGCAAAUUCCUUCUGAAUCUGAGCAACUACCAAGUAUAAAAAAAAUCAAUUGUAUUGAUACACUCCUUCACAUUGAAUCUACAGUUUUAUCAAAAGGAUUUCGAAAAAGGCAGACUGUUUCUUGUCGUGAAUAUUACUGUUAUAAAAUUCAAAUAAGAGAUAAAGAACCAAAUGAAACUUUACAUUCUGGAAGGCUAUUUCAACAAUACAUAGUUGACCAAUAUAUUAAACUUGAGACACAAAGAUUAGAUUUUGUUUCUUUUAAUCAAGAUCUAUUUAGAGUUGAAGCCUUUCAAGGAAUUAUUGAUUUAUUGAGGCAAGGAGAAAGAGAUGCUUCCAAUAUUGGUAGACAAAAAUUCCUUCCUGGUAGUUUCAUAGGAGGCCCAAGAGAUAUGCGUCAGAGAUAUAUGGAUGCUAUUGCUUUGGUACAACAUUUUGGAAAACCAGACAUAUUUCUGACAAUGACUUGUAAUCCUUGUUGGCCUGAAAUCCAACAACAUUUACAGCCAAUGGAAGAAGUUCAAAAUAGACCUGAUUUAGUUAGUAGAGUAUUCAAAGCAAAAGUAGAAGAACUUAAAACAGAUAUUCAAAAAAAGAAGAUAUUUGGAAAGAUUGCAGCUUUUAUGUAUACCGUUGAGUUUCAAAAACGCGGUCUUCCACAUGCCCAUUUUCUCAUUAUACUUAUGGAUGGAUAUAAAUUGCUCACACCACAAUCAUAUGAUAAAAUUGUAUGCGCUGAAUUACCUGAUCCUCACAUUGAUCAUGAUCUAUACAAACUUGUCACCAAGCACAUGAUCCAUGGUCCUUGUGGGUAUUUAAAUCCUUCAAAUUCUUGCAUGCAAAAAGAAGGAAAAUGUAAGUUCAAAUAUCCAAAACAACUUAGUCAACAAACAACCAAAGGAAAGAAUUCCUAUCCUCUUUACAAAAGACAAAAAAUGACCAGACCAAUCAAAGUUAGAGGACACAACAUUGAUAAUUCGUGGACUAUCCCAUACAAUCCAUUUCUACUAAAGAAAUUCGCUUGUCAUAUUAAUGUUGAAAUAUGUUCUGACAUUAAGGUUAUCAAAUACAUUUACAAAUACAUUUGCAAAGGACAUGACAAAAUUGCAUUCAUUGUACAUAAUAAUGAUACUAAUGUAGAAAUAGAUGAAAUCAAAGAAUACCAAUCUGCCAGAUGGGUUUCUCCUCCAGAAGCUGUGUGGCGUUUGUUCGCUUUUUCAAUAAGUGAAAUGACUCCAACUGUUUUCCAGUUGCAAUUGCAUCUUGAUGGACAACAAUUUGUUUCUUUCAAAAAGAACCAAACUGUCGAUCAAAUAAUAAACAAUCCAAUCAUAAAAAAAACCAUGUUAACAGAAUUUUUUCUUAUGAACAAAACUAAUAACGAUGCUAUAAAUUUUAAUUUACUGUAUAAAGAGUUUCCCCAACACUUUGUAUGGUCAUCAUCGUACAAAAUAUGGUCACGUCGAAAACAACGCCUUACUAUUGGACGUAUUGUAACGUGUCAUCCAACCGAAGGAGAAAGAUAUUAUCUGAGGUUGCUUCUAAUGAACACAAGAGGGCCAAAAUCGUACGAAGAUCUACGUACAAUCGACAGAAAAUGCUACAGUACAUUUCGAGAAGCUGCAGAAAAAAAAGGCUUAUUACAUUGUGAUAACAACUUAUUUGACUGUAUGUCUGAAGCUGUAAGCAAUCAAAUGCCUUAUAGUUUAAGAAGAUUAUUUGCAACAUUAUUAGUUUACUGUAAUCCUGGUAACCCACAAGAUCUUUGGAAAAAAUAUGAACACUCUAUGUCAGAAGAUUUUAAAAUCAUUUCAACUAUUACCAAAAAUGAUAUCCGCCAAUUAGUUUUAAAUCAUAUCAAUGAAGUUUUACUUUCAAUGGGACAUAACAUAAACGAAUUCAAAGAUAUAUUUGGAAAUGUUAGUUUUUCUAAAACAACUAAUGAGGCCAAAGAAAUUUAUUUUGAAAGAAAUAUAAUAGUCUCUGAAAAAGAUAUACAUCUACAAAACAAAUUAAAUCUUCAACAAAAAAGGGCAUAUGACAUAAUUCUUGAAAGAGUAUAUUCCAAUAAAUCAGGAGCUUUUUUCAUUGAUGGUCCUGGUGGAACAGGAAAAACUUUCCUUUAUCGAGCUUUAUUGGCUGCUAUCAGAACAAAAGGAUGCAUAGCUUUAGCAACUGCAACUUCUGGUGUUGCAGCUUCAAUACUUCCAGGAGGACGAACGGCUCAUUCACGUUUCAAAAUUCCUAUUGACAUUGAUGAAAAUUUCACUUGCAAUAUUAGUAAACAAAGUUCUUUAGCGACUCUAAUUCAAGAUUCAAAGUUGAUUGUUUGGGAUGAAGUCUCAAUGGCCAAAAAAAACACCAUUGAAGCUCUUGAUACACUUUUACAAGAUCUUAUGAAUACAAAAACAAUUUUUGGUGGAAAAGUUGUAGUUUUUGGGGGAGACUUUAGACAAACACUUCCUGUAGUUCGUAAUGGGAAAAAAGAAGACUUUAUUGCUCAAAGUUUAUUAUACUCCCAUAUUUGGAAUCAUCUCGAAAAAUUGUGCUUAUCUGAAAACAUGCGUGCAAAAAAAGAUCCAGCAAUUUUGGGCAUAUUUAAUGAGAAUUGGAAAUGGACAAGAAAAAACUAA